AUGCACUCGAUCUCGUACGUCUCGGAAACGCAGCUCGUGACGAGCAUGAGCGAGGUCGACGACUUUGCUCGCGCCAAGAAGCCGGCCCCGCGCCGCUGGCGGUCCAAGCGCAUCCUCGGCCUUCUCGGCGCGCUCGUCCUUGUCGCCAUCGCUGUUGGCGUCGUCACGACGUUGUCUUCCGACGCGACGACGGCCACUGCGCUCCGUUCAGGCGCGACGACCUAUGGCAUGGCCAUUGGCUACGACACGUACCAAGCCGAUAAGAUCGACGCGCAUUUCGCAAAGAUCGCGACGCGCUUCUCGGCCGUCCGGUCGUUCCAGACAUGGCUGCCCAAGAACGACAACGUCAUUGACGCCGCCGCGCGCCACAACCUCUUCGUCUACGCAGGCAUCUGGCUGCGCCAAGGAGGCGACUUCGCCCGCGACGUCCAAGCCGCGAUCGACGGUGCGCGGCGACACCCGAGCACGGUCAAGGCUAUCUUUGUCGGCAACGAAGAGCUCUCCAACGGCUGGGGCCCCGACCAGCUCAUUCGCAGUAUCCACGAUGUGCGCGCCAGGUUCAUCGCCGCGGGGCUCGGACAUAUUCCAAUUGGGACCGUGCAGAUCGACGGCGACCUCCUAACCCACCCGCGGGUGGCCGACGUCUGCGACGUGGUCGGUGCCAACAUGCACGCCUUCUUCUCGAGUGCGCCGUACUCGAAUACGGAUCCGAUGCGCGACACCAGAGCCCGCUGGGAGGCGAUUGUCGCCAAGUUUGGCAGCAAGGCCGUCAUCACCGAGGUCGGAUGGCCCUUUGCGGGCGGCAGCUAUGGCUCGCACGUCGCGUCGUACGACAUGGCCGUCUCCUACUUUAACGCGUUCCGCGACUGGGUGCGCCAAGGCAACGGCGGGCCGCUGCCGGCGUACUUUAUGUUCCACGACAACCCGUCCAAAGGUGGGUUUGAAGCCCACUUUGGCCUGGCCGAUGGGAAUGCCAACUGGAAGUUGGAGUUGAAUGCACCCUCGACCGCACCCGUCCCGAUGAGUCCGACCGACCCUCAGUUUUUGCUGCAAACGGCGACGGGCUCGGUGAUCUACGAGAUGUACAAGCGCCUCUUUGCCUACGCCGAGUCGCCGUGCGCGAACGAGCGCUGGCGCUACAACCGCGCGACGAACCAGAUCGUCUCGAUCUCGAGCGGGCAGUGUCUCGACGCGUACCUUGCGAACGCCCGCUUCUACGUGCACGUUUGGCCCUGCGACGCGUCGAAUCGAAACCAACUGUGGACAAUUGAUGCAACGAGCAACAUCGUCAAGCACCGAGUUCACAACAAUCUGUGUCUUGACGUCGACCCGACCAAGGCCGACGCGUCGGUGCAGGUGUGGGCCUGCAACGGCGGCGCGAACCAGCAGAUCCGCGUGGUUCUCGACUUGCCGCGCCUCGGGCUACAAUCGCGACAGACGAAUACGGUGCUUGUGGGUACCAACGAGGACCGCGUUGCGUUCCGAAAUGUCAAGGGCGCCGCAAGCGCCGCGUGGACGUUGCUUCAGAGCAGAAACAUGCUGCUGCACGAGGCGAGCGGCAAGUGUCUCGACGGCUACGAGUUCAAGAACGGCGGCGCCGUGCAUCUCUGGCGCUGCGACGAGACCAACGCCAACCAAAAGUGGAUCUACGACAGCAACACGCUUCAACUCCGGCAUGGCACGCGCCCCGAGUUUUGCCUCGACAUGGGUCCGGCAGCAGGCGCGUCCCCCUACCUCUAUGCGUGUCAUGGCCAGAACGACCCGUACGUUUCGUUCCAGCAGUUUGCGCUCGUGCCCUAG